CUCCUUCAGUAUACCCUUAUUUCUUUGUUGCACUAUUUAGUAUUUACUGAGUUAAUUAGUGGAUGUUAUGUUGAAUUUUUUCUUCGCAGGUCAAUUCAUAAUUUCAUUUCUCAGCCAAGGUUUCCCUAGGAGGAACUGAACCUGGUUUGUUUUUAUUCCCACGAAAUGUCACACGAGAGAUUCUGCGUCUUGUACUGCACUGUUCAUUCUUUUACCUAAAUCUAUUGAUGCCUUUCUUUAAGUAUUCUUUCGAGGCUCCAGGAAAGUAGAUAGAUAAUCUCCCUGAGACCUCAUUUCUUUUAGCUUUCAUUGCCUACAGUGAUGAAUAAAAAAUGAGUAUGGAAAUUAUGUGCUUGUCAUGCGAAAGUUAUCGCAUUUUUAAUGAUACACAGUCCCGGUUGGAUAGGAUUCGUUAAGUACUUGUCUACAAUGAUUAUUCAAUGAAACCCUGGGAGUUUUGCAGCUAAUGAACUAUGAUUGGCAAUUUUUGUCACUGGCAAAUUUUCAAGAACAGUAUUUGUCAAAGUCAGUUUUGUUUAUUUAGGAAAAUGGUUCACCAUCAGUUCAAUGUGGUCGAAAAGUACGGUUUCAAUGGACCUGCAACGCCGCUGCCUGAUAUAGUCGAGUGGCUCAGUAGAUAUGGCGAAGGAAGUGUGGAUUUGAUCAAAAAUUCAGAGACUGGCAUAGCUCAUGUCACUCUCAAUCAAGUGAAGAAGAAGAAUUGCCUCAGUGGCAAGAUGAUGGUUGAUUUCUACCAUAUAGUUGAAGAUUUGGAACAGUGGACUGAUGGGAAAGGCAUAAUUCUAAGUGGAGCUGGAGGAACUUUUUGCUCUGGUGGGGAUUUAGACGUUGUGCGGCAGAUCGCUAAUCCUGAGAGUGGUUUCAAAAUGGCCUCUUUAAUGCAUUAUACGCUGAAUAAAUUGAAAAAUUUACCUCUCAUCAGUGUCUGUUUCAUCAGUGGCGCAGGGGCAAUCGGAGGGGGAGCAGAAGUAGCAACAGCCUGUGACUACCGACUCAUGUCUAAUGAGCCCAACACUAAGAUUGGAUUCGUGCAUUCAAAAAUGGGUAUAGCACCAGCUUGGGGUGGACUCCUGCGCCUGGUCGACAUUGUAGGCUCACGGCAAGCACUGGACCUGCUUUUAUCUGCAAGACUGUUAAGUUGUGAUGAAGCUUGUAGCAUAAAUUUAGUUGAUAGUCAAAUAGAUUCAUUAGAUUCCGUUAAUGUAUGGUUGCAAGAUAAGGUUAAAUUUGAUAAAGAGUCCAUUAGAGCUAUAAAAUUGACUCUCAGUGCCUGCUCAGAAAAAAAUAGAGCACUUACGGAACUAGAGCAAAGGUUAUUUGCGCCUACGUGGGGCUGCGCUGCAAACAGAGAGAUGCUUCGAAGGGCUAUAAAACACAAGUGAAGGAAUCAUGUAGAUUUUAGUGUCUCUUUUGCAGAGGGGCUCUGAAAAUCUUAGAACGGAAGUAAUUGAAAGGGGCUCCGAGAGAAGUACCCUUAAUAGCCCAGGUGCGCUCGUUUCUCUGAGCGGCAGCUAUUUGGACCAACGGUAGUCUAGCUGAGACCAUCUUUCAUCUUAAGGAUUGUACCUAAAGCUCCGUAAGCAUCUACAAGUGCUGAUCUUUAAGCAGAGGGUCUCCAUAAUCAAUGACCUAUUUGUGAAUGUGGAAAAAAAAACUCCCAGAUGUCCAAAAUUUUCCCAGAGGACUUAUUGGUCCAUGAUUCCAUACUUUCUACAGGCCUUGAAAGGUCGAAGCCUCUUGGCGUUCCAGGUUAUAGUUAUUUCAUGACAUUGAGGAUGACGGUAGCACUCACUAACCUGUUACUCCUGAUGUUCAAUUCACUAGCGGUUUUGUGAUACAAAUAUUAUUUUUAAAUUAAAAUAUUUUUAUACAAGACA